CCCUGGAUGUGGUGCUGGACUCCAGUGCCCGGGUGGCCCCCUACAGGAUCCUGUCUGUCUGUCUGUAACCUGUCUGUCUGUAACCUGUCUGUCUGCAGGUCUGCUGGUGGGGACCCUGGAUGUGGUGCUGGACUCCAGUGCCCGGGUGGCCCCCUACAGGAUCCUGUCUGUCUGUCUGUAACCUGUCUGUCUGUAACCUGUCUGUCUGCAGGUCUGCUGGUGGGGACCCUGGAUGUGGUGCUGGACUCCAGUGCCCGGGUGGCCCCCUACAGGAUCCUGCUGCAGACGGCUGACUCCCAGGUGUUCUGGACCGUGGCGUGCGGCGCCUCCAGGAAGGAGAUCACGGAGCACUGGGAUUGGCUGGAGGCCAACCUGCUGCAGACGGUCGCCAUCUUCGACAACGACGAAGACGUCACCACCUUCGUCAAAGGGAAGAUCUUGGGCAUCAUCGCGGAGGACAAGCGUCUGCAGCAGGGAGAGGAGCCAGAGGAGGAUUGUGGGAAGUUUCGGGAGGCGGAGCUGAAGAUGCGGAGGCUGUUCGGGAUGCCUGAAGAAGAGAAGCUGGUCAACUAUUACUCCUGCAGCUUCUGGAAGGGACGAGUCCCGCGCCAGGGCUGGCUCUACCUGUCCAUCAACCACCUGUGUUUCUACUCCUUCCUGCUGGGGAAGGAAGGUAAGAUCCUCAGGGCUCUACCUGUCCAUCAACCACCUGUGUUUCAACUCCUUCCUCCUGGGGAAGGAAGGAAGGUAAGAUCCUCAGGGCUCUACCUGUCCAUCAACCACCUGUGUUUCUACCCUUCCUCCUGGGGAAGGAAGGUAAGAUCCUCAGGGCUCUACCUGUCCAUCAACCACCUGUGUUUCUACUCCUUCCUCCUGGGGAAGGAAGGAAAAUAA